GAGGCUAAAUCUGUUUGGAAUCAAUUUGUCAAAUCGUAGACUUUGGAAACAAAUGAUGACGAGAAGGAUAUCCACGUUAACCAAACGAGAAUCACUUGUAUAAGAUCAGACACCAAAUAAUAUAAACCACACCCUUGUCUGGGCACUUUCUUCAUUGACAACCUUGACUAUCAUCGUCAACAGAACAUCUAUCUUCUUCAAUCCUACGGCUAUAAAGGCCCCACGUGCAUGCUACCGUAUCCCAAGUAGCAGCAUAUAAAAGCACUAAUCUAUAUAUAUAUGAUGAGAUGUUAUCAAAGAUGGUAAUCCUCGGACUUCAACUGCAACAAAGGUUCCCUGUCUGGGGCCGUGUUGGCUAUUCUUGUUUGACUUCUGCUACGGUUCGUGCUCGCGCUGUUAAUUCUGUUUCUAGUCCUUCGAGUAAGCUGAAAAAAUGGAACAAUGGUGGUAGACUGCCCCGUAGGCUGGUGCUAGGCUUAGGGACUUCUUUUUGGGCUCAGUAUAUGAACAUGGCUGGCAAUUGCAAAUAUUUCAUUGCUUCUGCAAGGCACAACGGGGCUGUUGAACAGGUAUUACAGAAUGUGGAAUGGCCAGAACAGUUCCCCUUCAAUGAUGAGGAUUUCCAACGUUUUGAUGAAUCACCAGAUUCACUGUUCUAUGAAGCUCCUCGCUUUGUUACACACAUUGAUGAUCCAGCCAUUGCUGCACUUACUAAGUACUAUUCAGAGGUUUUCCCUCCCAGCAAUACUCCCGGAGUGAGCAUCUUGGAUAUGUGCAGCAGUUGGGUCAGUCAUUUUCCAAAAGGAUACAAGCAAGAACGGGUAGUUGGAACGGGCAUGAACGAAGAAGAGCUCAAGCAAAAUCCUGUUCUAACAGAGUAUGUUGUGCAAGACUUAAAUUUGAAUCCUAAGCUUCCAUUUGAAGAUAAUUCCUUUGAUGUCAUUACUAAUGUGGUCAGUGUUGAUUAUCUAACAAAGCCUCUUGAUGUUUUCAAAGAGAUGCGCCGGAUUCUUAAGCCUGGUGGAUUAGCUAUAAUGAGCUUUUCCAAUCGUUGCUUUUGGACAAAAGCAAUCUCUAUAUGGACAUCCACUGGUGACACCGAUCAUGUUGUGAUUGUCGGGUCAUAUUUCCAUUAUGCUGGUGGAUUUGAACCUCCUCAGGCUGUUGAUAUAUCUCCUAAUCCUGGACGCUCAGAUCCUAUGUACAUUGUUUACUCUAGGAAGCUCUAUACAGCUUAAGAAGCUACCGGGCUGAAGAUUAUGAGAAAUUUCUUCCAAUCAAUGAGUUACUUCUUCUUUUUUGUUCCCUUUUUUUCGCAAAUUUUGGAAGGGAAACAAAGGAUCUCUGAAUUGCAUUACUUAAUAUUUAACUAAAUCUAUUGC